GUGUGUGAGACUGUGAGUGAGUGAGAGAAGAGGCGCCAGCUCUACCCCUAUAUGCUUUCACUGCUCCAACAACAACAACAACCCGAUUCAACUCAACCCAACCCAACCCAACCCAAUUACUUCCUCUCUCUCUCUCUUUCUCUUUCUCUCAGUUGAGUUGAGUUGAGUUGAGUUUUGUUUUUUAGCUUCCCCAUUAUUACAAACCUCCCAACUUCCUUUUUACUUGUCUCUGAUGAAAAAAACCUGUAUUUUCAAUGCUGCUUUUCUCUCUCAAAUGGUGCUUUACUUUUGUCUGAGCUCAUCUAUGAGCCUUUGAAAAACAAAAGACUCCUCCUUUGACCCAGAAACUUUGAAACACAAGAAAUGAACUUUGUAGCUUCUUCUGCUUAAAGCUUUGAUCUUUGCAGCUCUAUUUGAAAUGUAGUGUACUGGGUCCUCUUGAAACUUUGGGGUUGGGGUUUUUUUUUUGUUCAUGGUGUUGAUGAGUAUUGCUUCAAACCCAUGAAGAAUUUUCAGUGGUAUAAGCAGAUUUCCAACAAUGGCAAACCAGAGAGGAGGCUGUCACUUGGAGAAUACAACAGGGCGGUUUCGUGGUCCAAGUACUUGGUAUCUCCAGGGGCUGAGAUUAAAGGCGAAGCAGAGGAAGAUUGGGGUGCUGACAUGUCCCAAUUGUACAUUGGCUGCAAAUUUGCUUCAGGGAGACAUAGCAGGAUUUACAGAGGGGUUUAUAAGCAGAAGGAUGUAGCGAUUAAGCUUAUAAGCCAGCCGGAGGAGGAUGCCGACUUGGCUGUUUUGCUCGAAAACCAGUUCACUUCAGAAGUGGCUUUGCUGUUUCGAUUGCAACACCCGAAUAUCCUCACUUUUGUUGGAGCUUGUAAGAAGCCUCCUGUGUUCUGCAUAAUCACCGAGUAUUUAUCCGGGGGAUCGCUGAGAAAGUAUCUCCAUCAGCAGGAGCCACACUCCCUUCCACUCAGCCUAGUUCUCAAAUUAGCCCUUGAUAUUGCACGCGGAAUGCAAUAUCUUCAUUCUCAAGGUAUACUUCAUAGGGAUCUCAAGUCGGAAAAUCUAUUGCUAGGAGAAGAUAUGUCUGUGAAAGUUGCGGAUUUUGGUAUCUCGUGCUUGGAAUCACAGUGCGGCAGUGCUAAGGGGUUCACCGGGACUUACCGUUGGAUGGCGCCUGAAAUGAUAAAAGAGAAACACCAUACAAAAAAAGUUGAUGUUUACAGUUUUGGCAUAGUUCUUUGGGAACUUUUAACAGCACUGACACCAUUUGACAACAUGACUCCGGAACAGGCUGCAUUUGCAGUGUCACAGAAGAUCAUGUGGGGACCUGCUGCUAUGGUCAUCAUCCUUAUCCUUGCAGGAAAUGAUAUUUCCAAAAUCAAAGAAUUAUCUUAAAUCCAUAUAUCCUAAAGCCACAGAUCAUUUACAAAAGCGAAGAAUUAUACUAAGCAUGUUCUACGGUUCUACCUUUCCAGUCCAGAAGUAUGAACAUUUCUAACUCAUAGGAAGAGUAACUUGAGGAUUUUUCUAAUCUCCUUCUACCAAGUAGGAGCACACUGACAUCUAAAAUUUGUGUUUCAGUGUUUGCAGUCAACAUCUUCUUGCACCUGUUAUGAGUUUGUGGAACAAAUGGGCACUACUUUGUUUUAGAGCUGUUGAAAGUCAAACUUGCCACCCUUGUAAAAUGGGUUUCAUAGCUAUGAUUUAAAACCUUUCACAAAGCUUCUGUGUUUUUGGAGAUGCUCAUAUCUCCUUUGACACUUCAUAAUUAGAUAGAGAAACAACUAACCUUUGUCGUAUGUGGUAUUUGUGCCUGUGUCGCAACGCAUGAUUUCAGUGAGAUCUUUAUUCGUAGAAUGUAGGUUAUGAAGCUCUGUAGUCUGUGCACUCAAUUAUCUGUGAUUGGUUUAUUAUUUUGAACAAACACUGGAAUGAAAUGUCAUGAUACCCAUGAUUCAUUAACAUAAAAGUCAAAUGUUUUAUUCAAAUUAUUAUCCACCUGGAUGAGUGAAGUGUUUCAGUGUGCCUAUGAUCAGAGUGAAGACUAAAGAGCAAGCAUUCAAAGUUGAUCAACAAUUUUUUCUCUUAUGUGCUGUAUAUCUG